UUUCUUCCUCCAGCCUCGAUUCGCUUUCAUAGAGUGAGAGAGACACAGUUUCUCUCUCUAAAGAUUCGUUUUGACGCUGGAUAACGCUCACACCACUUUCUCCUCAACGCUUUUUGCACUCGCUCACUGUUCAGUAGCAGCAUCUUUUUGCUCAUCUUCAUCUUCUUCGUCUUCAUCUAAUCUAUGGCGGAGCAACCCUUCUUCUUCUUCCUAAUUUCACCUUUCAUUAUAUCCAUCUAAUUCCUAUUUCCAGAUUUCGCACCACCAUGGACAAAAACAAGCCCCAAGGAAGCUUUUUCGCGGAGGUCCGGAGGAGCCUCUCGCCGUUCCGCCGGAGAAGAAAGGACCCCGCCGAUCCGGACCCUCUAAUCGCAAGGUCCGGCAGCCUCCGCCCGGCGGGGGAAGCUCUCACGCCGCUAAUGGAAGGCCCGGACUCCGACGGCCCGGAAAACGAGAUCGGAGGGUCGAAACGCGUCGGGUCAGGAUUCGGGGAAUGGGUCCGGACCCAGCUCAGCCGUAAAGCCCCUCCGGCUCUCCUCGCCGCCGAUGAGAAUGGGCUCGGCUGUAACCGGUCCGACCUCCGGCUCCUCCUCGGCGUCAUGGGCGCCCCCCUCGCCCCCGUCCACGUCACCACCGCCGACCCCUUACCCCAUCUCAGCAUCAAGAGCACACCCAUUGAAACUUCGUCGGCGCAGUACAUACUGCAGCAAUACACAGCUGCUUGCGGGGGACUAAAGCUCCAGGCCACCAUAAAAAACGCCUACACCAUGGGAAAGCUAAGAAUGGUAGCAACAGCAUUCGAAUCCGCCGCAAAAGUAGUCGUAAAGAGCCGGAGUCCAUCUCGAGCCGCCGACUCCGGCGGAUUCGUCCUGUGGCAGAUGAAUCCCGACAUGUGGUACGUCGAGCUCGCCGUCGGCGGCAGCAAAGUCCACGCCGGCUGCAACGGCAAGCUCGUCUGGCGUCACACUCCCUGGCUCGGCUCCCACACCGCCAAAGGCCCCGUCCGGCCCCUCCGCCGCGCCCUGCAGGGGCUCGAUCCGAGAACAACAGCCUGUAUGUUCGGGGACGCGAUCUGCGUGGGGGAGAAGAUCGUCGGCGGCGAGGAGUGUUUCGUGCUGAAAGUGGCGGCGGAUCACCGGACAUUGCAGGGGAGGAGCGAAGGUCCAGCGGAGAUAAUAAGGCACGUGCUGUUCGGGUAUUUCAGCCAGAAGACAGGGCUGCUGGUUCACAUGGAGGAUUCGCAUCUAACCAGGAUUCAAUCCAACGGCGGGGACGUGGUGUAUUGGGAGACGACGAUCAACUCCUUCCUCGACGACUACAGAGCUGUGGAUGGAGUGAUGAUCGCCCAUUCCGGGCGAUCCGUGGUGACCCUUUUCCGAUUCGGGGAGACGGCAAUGAGCCACACCACGACGAGGAUGGAGGAAGCUUGGACGAUUGAGGAGGUCGCGUUUAAUGUCCCCGGAUUGUCGCCGGAGUGCUUCAUCCCUCCGGCGGAUUUGGGGUCGGAAAGAGGAGGGCGAUUGAAGAUUAGCGAGGAGAGUUGGAAGAUGGAAAUUUGACACCAAAUGUUCUUGUUGAUACCCUAAACAAACAAACUUAUCUUCCGUAGGGAUGCCAUUGUUGUAAUUUUUCUAACAGAGUUAAGGUGAAUUUGUUGGUAGGGAUGGAGUAUUACUAGAAGAAAUGGAGGGGUCUUCGUUUGUUUUUUUUUUUGUGAAGUUCUUGAACCUCCCUGCAAUCUUUUGAGUUCUAACCUAUCCUGUCCUAUACAAGGAAGGGAAUAAUGCAGAAUAUGUUGUUGGUUUUAGUUUUAAUCUUGGAGUUGGUUUUGUUUUUUUUUUUAUA